AUGGAAAAUCAAAUAGCAACUGAAGUAGAAAGAAGACUGAAGAAGAUGGCUAUCGAUACUCAAACUGUGGCACAAGUUCAACCGGUUCAACCAACGCAAGCUAGUAAUUGUGAAAUUUGUGGAGGACCUCAUCUUACUGCACAUUGCGUUGCAACCGCACAACAAAUUGAGGAGAUCAAGUUUCUAAGGCAGAACAACCCUUAUUCAAAUACAUACAAUCCGGGUUGGAAAAACCAUCCAAAUUUCUCAUGGAAGGAUCAACAAGGACAUGUGCAGAACCAACCACAGCAACAACAAUUUCGACCUCAGCAACAACAACCAUAUCAACAACCUCAACAACAGUUUCAGCAACAGGUACCAAGAAAAGCUGAUUGGGAGCUUGCCAUUGAAAAGAUGGCCGCUCAAAGCUCUCAAUUUCAAGAAGAGACUCGAAGUUAUUUAAAAAACACAGGUGCUUCAAUUAAGAAUCUUGAAAUACAGAUGAGUCAGAUAGCCCAACAACUAGCGGGUUCUCAACAACAAGGCGUGUUACCAAGUUCUACGGUUACUAAUCCAAGAGAAAAUAAUCAUGUGAAUGCGGUGACCACAAGGAAUGGUAAGUCGAAAGAAGUACCUGAGAAGAGUUCUGAAGAAGAAGACUUAUUGCUUGAAGUUGAUCUAGAGAUAAAAGAAAAUGAGGUCGCAAAUGAAGAGGUCACUAGUGAUGAAAGAGUGGUCAAAGACAAAGUUAUUGAUCCAAAACCGGCCGUCAAACUGCCAUACCCAACAAGAAAUAAGAAGAAAGGGCAGCAUGAGAAAAACUUUGAGAAGUUCUUGGAGAUGUUUAAAAAGCUUGAGCUAAACAUUCCGUUCUUGGAGGCGCUUGAGCAAAUGCCUACCUACGCAAAGUUCAUGAAAGACAUCAUCUCGAAGAAGCGGACCAUAGAGACUAACCCGAUCAUUCUAACGGAAACUUGUAGUGCCAUUUUGCAGGGUAUGAAGGUUCCGGUGAAGAAGAAGGAUCGAGGUUCUGUAACUAUUCCUUGUACCAUUGGAGAUAGAUCCUUCAAGAAAGCUCUAAUUUAUUUGGGAGCGAGUGUAAGUCUUAUGCCGCUGUCCAUCUAUAAGAGGUUGGGGAUAGGAAAAAUUCAAGAUACAAGAAUGACACUCCAAUUUGCUGACCACUCUGUGAAGAGACCUUAUGGGAUAGUAGAAGAUGUGCUUGUGAAGAUCGACAAGUUUGUGUUUCCAGUGGAUUUUGUCAUUUUGGAAAUGCCGGAAGAUGAAGAGAUACCAAUCAUUUUAGGGAGACCAUUUUUAGAGACCGGGAGAUGUUUGAUCGACAUAGAAGAAGGCACGAUGACUCUGAAAGUGUAUGAUGAAGAGUUAAAAAUUGAUGUGCGAAACACCAUGAAGUACAAGGAUGAGGUUGCCACUAGUCAACAUAUUGAGACAAUCGAUCAAAUAUGUGAAAAGGAAAAUAGCUUGACAACAUAA